AUGUGGAAGCCGUCAGAGCGCCUGAUGGAAACCAUCAGGCACUAUGCCAGCUUCCCCGCAACCGGCGUCUCGCUGAGGCAGAUGGUCCAGUUUGGCGACCGGCCCUCAACCGGUAUGCCCACCCCCUCAGAUCUUCUUCACGGCAAUCGAUGCUUCUCUCAUCUCGCGACCGCGAUCGACUAUCGACUGAUUGUUCUUCCAGGCACUCUGUUCCGAGCUUCGCAAUUCCUCUCCGAGGAACUCCCCAUUCGUCUCGCGCACCGAGUCCAGGACCUGGGCGAGUUGCCCGAUGGCCUCAGUGAAAUGCCCUCCAUCAAGAAGGUUCAGGAUUGGUAUGCGCAAUCAUUUGAGGAAAUCAUCACCCUCCCCCGUCCCUCCCUGACCCAAGAGGUCAGGAACCGUCUGUUGCGACCGGGCCGCAUGACUGGCGUCACCUCCAAGAUUCUCUCCGAGGCCACGCAAAACCCCAGUGUUCGCGAGGGCCAGUACCGCUCUGCCACCACUGCCAAUGGCACCAUCAACGGGAACGGAAAGGCGGCCGCUGUUGCCGCAGCGGGCCGCCGGUAUUUCGUGCCCGCCGGGGACCACGGCGACUGGCCCCCCGAGCUGAACGACUACAACCAGCGCUUCUCCAAAACUCUCCAGCAGAUCAAGCGACGUCACGACGGGGUGGUGACAACGGUGGCCCAGGGUAUCCUGGAGUGGAAACGCGAGCGGCAGCGGAUGCAGAUCGACUCGACCAUCCAGUCCUUCCUCGACCGGUUCUACAUGUCACGCAUCGGAAUCCGAAUGUUAAUCGGACAACACAUAGCGCUCACGGAACAAACCCAUGUCAAACAUCCCAACUACGUCGGCAUCAUCUGCACCAAGACCAACGUCCGCGAUAUCGCCCUGGAAGCCAUCGAGAACGCCCGCUUCGUCUGUGAGGACUACUAUGGUCUGUUUGAAGCGCCCAAAGUGCAGCUGGUCUGCAAGGACGAUCUGAACUUCAUGUACGUGCCGGGCCAUCUCUCGCACAUGCUCUUCGAGACCUUGAAGAACUCGCUGCGAGCGGUCGUCGAGCAGCACGGUGCCGACCGAGACCAAUUCCCCGUGACCAAGGUGAUUGUGGCCGAGGGUAAGGAAGAUAUCACCAUCAAGAUCACCGAUGAGGGUGGUGGAAUCCCCCGGUCGGCAAUCCCCCUGGUGUGGACGUAUAUGUACACGACCGUGGAGCAGACGCCCAGCCUCGACCCCGACUUUGAUAAGAGCGACUUCAAGGCACCCAUGGCGGGCUUCGGCUACGGAUUGCCCAUCAGUCGGCUGUACGCGCGCUACUUUGGAGGCGACCUCAAGUUGAUUAGUAUGGAAGGAGACGGCCGGACCCGGUUCAAAACCUCGCACCGCCUGCACCCCUUCUAUAUUGAACCGGCACGCAAGUCCGCGCCUUCUCGAGGACUGACGCCCAUGAAUGUCCAGGCACAUCAGUCCCGCAUGCGCAGCCGGGAAGUCUCGGAACGCAAACAAGUCGGAGACGCAGAGAGUCUUUUCCACUCGGAACAGCGACAUAAAGACGAAGAGGAGAUGUGA